UUUCAGGAUUCUUCGGCCGUGCGUCGGGGACGGGACAACAUGGCUGCUGCUGCAGGUCGGUAUUACGGAGAAGGCGGCAGAGCGACGAAAAGACAGAAAACCGAGGACGGAGGGAUGACGACGGAGGGCUACGAUGACCCCCAUAAAACACUCCCCUCCGCGGUGGUGCACAUCAGGGGCCUCGUCGAUGGCAUCAUGGAGGCCGACCUGGUGGAGGCGCUACAGGAGUUUGGGGCCAUCAGCUAUGUGGUUAUGAUGCCCAAGAAGCGCCAGGCUCUGGUGGAGUAUGAAGAUAUGAAUGGCUCCUGCAAUGCAGUAACUUAUGCAGCAGAGAACCAGGUUUACAUUGCAGGUCACCCUGCUUUCAUCAAUUACUCCACCAGCCAGAAGAUCUCCCGACCAGGAGACCCAGAUGACACCCGCAGCGUCAACAAUGUGUUGUUACUCACCAUCAUGAACCCCAUCUAUCCAAUCACCACGGAUGUACUUUAUACCAUCUGCAACAACUGUGGUCCCGUACAGAGGAUCGUCAUCUUCAGGAAGAACGGAGUCCAGGCCAUGGUGGAGUUUGACUCAGUCCAAAGUGCCCAGAGGGCCAAAGCCUCUCUGAAUGGGGCAGACAUCUACUCUGGCUGUUGCACUCUUAAGAUUGAAUAUGCUAAGCCAGCACGCCUCAAUGUGUUUAAGAAUGACCAAGACACGUGGGACUACACAAACCCCAACCUGAGUGGCCAAGAUGCUGAUGGUGAAGGCAAUUGGAGCAAUUCACAAGAUCCCAAUGCCAAUCCCAACAAGCGUCAGAGGCAGCCUGCGCUUUUGGGAGACCACCCACCAGAUUAUGGUGGUCCCCAAGGAGGCUACCACAGUUACAAUGACGAGAGCUAUGGACCACCUCCUCCCCACCGCAUGGGGCCUCCUAUAGGUGGGCGUGGGCGGGGCAGCCAGCGCUAUGGCCCUGGAUAUGGGCCACCUCCUCCUGAAUACGGCCCCCAUGCGGACUCACCCGUUGUCAUGGUGUACGGCCUUGAACCCUCCAAGAUCAAUGCUGACAAGGUCUUCAAUGUCUUCUGCCUUUAUGGCAAUGUAGAGAGGGUCAAGUUCAUGAAGAGUAAGCCUGGGGCAGCCAUGGUUGAGAUGGGAGACUGUUACUCUGUGGAUAGAGCGAUCACUCACCUCAACAACAACUUCCUUUUUGGACAGAAACUCAAUGUUUGUGUGUCCAAGCAGCAGGCAAUUAUGCCAGGACAGUGCUAUGAGUUGGAGGACGGCACCAGCAGUUUUAAGGAUUUCCAUGGUUCCCGCAACAACCGCUUCACAUCCCCAGAGCAAGCAGCCAAGAACCGCAUCCAGCACCCCAGUAAUGUCCUACACUUCUUUAAUGGGCAGCCUGACAUCUCUGCAGAGAUCUUUAACCAGGUCUGUGAUGAAUUGGGAAUUAAGAGCCCCUCCAAUGUAAAACACUUCACUGGAAAGAGUGAGCGCAGUUCAUCAGGCCUGCUGGAAUGGGAGUCCAUCAAUGAUGCUAUGGAGGCCUUGGCCAUGAUGAACCACUAUCAGAUGAAAAACCCUAAUGGGCCUUACCCAUACACGCUGAAGCUGUGCUUUUCAACUGCGCACCAUGCCAACUAAAACCACACCUCCCUCCUGUUUGUAAAGUUGUGUUUCUUGCAUAGUGUAUAUUGCAGUUGUCACUUCCCUAUAAUACAUUCAAUUGGUAUUAACAUAAAUGUAGGAUUGAUGUGUUAGUCCGUUUUGCAUUAACUUAAAUAAUUUUUAUAUUAUUUUUAUCUUUUUUCAAUUUAAUCCAAUAAAUUUGCCGAGUACAUUGUA